CCAGUGUGAGAUGAUACCACAUUGUAGUUUUGAUUUGCAUUUCUCUGUUCUAUCAUGUUUUGGUAAAUGAUAUCCAAACACUGUUAAGAAUUUUUGUAUCAGUAAUAUAUUAAAAUAAGAAUUGUACAAAGGAUAUAAACAAAUCUCAGAACAACAAAUAGCCAAUUAACAUGAAGAGCUACCCCUCUUAACAGAAAAAAAAAGUAUCAAAAUUGUGAAGUUUUACAACAGGGAUUAGCAAACAAGAGAUUUAGAUAUACUUCUAACUGUAGGUAGGAUUUAAACUUGAAGAAGCCUGUUUUGGAAGCCUAUAUGGAUUGCAACCAAAAUUCCAAAUGGGCAUGCUAUUGAGUCAGUAACUUAAUUUCUAAGAAUCUAUCUUAAAGAAAUGUGGACAAAAAUGUAUAACUAUAGAUAUAUUCAUUUGCAACAUAUUAAAAUUAAUAACCAACCAGUGUUCAAAAUGCAAAAGGUUAAAUUAUGGCACAGCCUUACUGUGGAAUGCUAUGCAUCUGUUAAAAAGAAGCAGGUCUAUACAUUCUUAUACAAAUAUAACUCCAAGCGCUGUUAAGUGGGAAAAAAAAGCUGAGGAAUGAUAUGUGUGACAUAAUCCCAUAUGUGUUAAAUUAUAUAUUUAAAAUGUUAUACGCUUAGUUAUGUUUGCAUUUGUGUAUAUAUAUUAAUAGCCAUCAUUUAGUUGUAUUGUUCUAAAUAUGCUAAUGAAUGGCCUUAUUUAAUUAUAACAACCUAUCUAUCCCCAUUUUACAGGUGAGUAAACUGAAGGACAGAGAAACUAAGUAACUUUCGUCAGAUGAGAUUCAAACCCUGGCAUUCCAACUCCUGAAUAACCAUUAAUCUAUACGUAGGAAGAAAACUUGAAGGAAGCGCAGUGUUGAAAGUGCUUACCCUAGAAAGAGGAGGGGAGAGGGCGAGGGGAAUCUAAGUUUUCAUAUAUAUUUCUGUAUUGUUUGAAUCUUUUGCAAAAUGUGUUCAUCAUUUACUUACAUAUUUUUGAAGGAGGAAAAAAGUUUGGUGAGGAACUCACUUUUGUCCUGCUAUAUAAACAAAUUUUUAAGUAAUUUUUACGUAAGAAAAAAAUGUGGAGAACUUAUUUUCUUCAGACACGUUCCAGUUUCUCUACUGAAAUUGUGUGAGAAGUUUGAGGUUUUUAUGUUAUCUCUUAUGGUUUUUACAUUUUUUGAUAUUACACUGAUGAAUCAUGUACUGAUUUCAUUACUGUAGAUAACCAAGUUACAUAUUAAUUGUUAAUAAUAUUUUACAACCUCAGCUGUAGUUAUAAAGUAGGUAUUCCAAAUACUUCCUAACAGUUCCUUGAAGAUGGAACUGGCUUGGCGUUUAGUCUUUAUUUUCCUCCUAAGUUUUUCGUGCUGGGGCUUAGACUGGGAAUCUGAUGGAAACUUCAUUUCAGCUGCUGGUCCUCUAACCAACGAAUUGCUACACAACCUGAGGGGUCCACUAGGAAACCAGGGUUCUCACUUUGGAGCAGGGGACAAAGAAAUUUAUGUUUGUCACCAGCCACUGCCCACUUUCCUGCCAGAGUACCUCAGCAGUGUUCAUGCCUGUAAGAUCACCCAUUAUAAAGUAUUUCUGCCAUGGGCACAACUUCUCCCAGAAGGAAGCUCCAAGAACCCAGACAAGGAAAUGGUGCAGUGUUACCGGCAACUCCUUGAGGCCCUCAAGACUGCACAGCUUCAGCCCUUGGUGGUCCUGCACCACCAGACCCUCCCUGCCAGCACCAUCCAGAGAAAUGAGGCCUUUGCUGAUCUCUUUGCUGACUAUGCCACCUUUGCCUUCCACUCCUUUGGGGACCUUGUUGAGAUCUGGUUCACAUUUAGUGACUUGGAGAAAGUGAUAAUGGAGCUUCCCCACCAGGAAUCAAGAUCUUCACGUCUCCAGAUCCUCACUGAUGCCCACAGAAAAGCCUAUGAGAUAUACCAUGAAAAAUACACUUCUCAAGGGGGAAAGCUCUCUGUGGUCCUACGAGCUGAAGUGGUCUCCGAGCUCCUGCUAGAACCGUCCACAUCUGCGCUUGCCAAGGAUGCAGUCGACUUCCUCUCUCUUGAUGUGUCUUAUGCAUGCCAAAGUGAAGCAAGUUUAUCGCAGACGCUGAGUAAAUUGGAGGUAAUUCUUACAGCCAUAAAUAAUAACCAAGUGCACACCAUUGGAUUUGAUAUUAAUACAUUCCUGAGCUGUUCAUCAAGUUCCAAGAAAAGGUCUUGUUCUCUGAUUGACAGUCUGGCCCUUCAGACUGCCCUGGAGCUAGACGUGGAGACAGCAGGAGACUCCUCGCCACCCCGCUCGGCUUAUCAGAGAGUCUGGGGAAUGUUUGCUGACCAGUCCAAGGCAGAAAGGGAUGCUUUCCUGCAGGAUGUUUUCCCUGAAGACUUUCUCUGGGGCGUCUCCACAGGAGCCUUUAAUGUGGAAGGAGGCUGGGCUGAGGAUGGAAGAGGGGCAAGCGUCUGGGACAGUUUCAGGCACCAGAACACUGCCAAGGGCCAAGCAACGCCAGAGGUGACCAGUGACAGUUACCACAAGGUGGACACUGACGUUGCCCUGCUUCGAGGCCUCCGGGCCCAGGUCUACAAGUUCUCCAUCUCCUGGUCCCGCAUCUUCCCCACCGGGCAGGGGCACAGCCCCAACCUCCAGGGCGUCACUUACUACAACAAGCUAAUCGACAGCCUGCUGGACUCACACAUCGAGCCCAUGGCCACACUGUUCCACUGGGACCUGCCUCAGGGCCUGCAGGAUCGAGGCGGGUGGCAGAAUGAUAGUGUGGUGGACGCCUUCCUGGACUAUGCGGCCUUCUGCUUCUCCACUUUUGGGGACCGUGUGAAGCUGUGGGUGACCUUCCACGAGCCAUGGGUGAUGAGCUAUGCAGGCUACGGCACUGGCCAACACGCGCCGGGCGUCUCUGACCCAGGGGUGGCCUCUUUUAAGGUGGCUCACUUGGUUCUCAAGGCUCAUGCCAGAGCUUGGCACCACUACAACAGCCACCAUCGCCCACAGCAGCAGGGGCGUGUAGGCAUUGUACUGAAUUCAGACUGGGCAGAACCCCUGUCCCCAGAGAGGCCCGAGGACCUGAGAGCUUCAGAACGCUUCCUGCACUUCAUGCUAGGCUGGUUUGCACACCCCAUCUUUGUGGACGGAGACUACCCAGCAGCCCUGAGGGCCCAGAUCCAAGAGCUGAACAAACAGUGCCCCAGUCCUGUGGCCCAGCUUCCUGAGUUUACUGAGGCAGAGAAGCAGCUCCUGAAAGGCUCUGCUGAUUUCCUGGGUCUGUCCCAUUACACAUCUCGCCUCAUCAGCAAGACUCAACAAGAUACCUGCAUCCCCAGCUAUGAUACCAUUGGAGGCUUCUCCCAACACGUGGACCCUUCAUGGCCCCAGACUGCAUCCCCUUGGAUUCGUGUGGUGCCCUGGGGUAUAAGGAGGCUGCUGCAGUUUGUAUCCUUGGAAUACACAAGAGGCAAAGUUCCAAUCUACCUGGCUGGGAAUGGCAUGCCCAUAGGGGAAAGUGAAGAUCUCUUCAAUGAUUCCUUGAGAGUCAACUACUUCAACCAGUACAUCAACGAAGUGCUGAAGGCUGUCAAAGAGGACUCGGUGGAUGUCCGAUCCUACAUCGCUCGUUCCCUCAUUGAUGGCUUCGAAGGCCCCUCUGGGUACAGCCAGAGGUUUGGGCUGUACCACAUCAACUUCAAGGACAGCAGCAGGCCGAGGACCCCCAGGAAAUCUGCCUACUUUUUCACCAGCAUGAUCGAAAAGAACGGUUUCCUCACCAAGGUAGUAAAAAGACUGCCAUCACCCAGUGUAGCAAACGUUCCUCGGAAAAUCAGAGCCUUCAAUUUUCCGUCCGAGGUGCCCUCCAAGGCUAAAGUAGUUUGGGAAAAAUUCUCCAACCAGCCCAAAUUUGAAAGGGACUUGUUCUACCAUGGCACAUUCCGGGAUGACUUUCUGUGGGGGGUGUCCUCAUCAGCCUAUCAGAUUGAAGGAGCUUGGGAUGCUGACGGCAAAGGCCCCAGCAUCUGGGAUAACUUUACCCACACGCCAGGGAGCAACGUGAAAGACAAUGCCACUGGAGAUGUAGCCUGUGACAGCUAUCACCAACUGGAUGCUGAUCUGAAUAUGCUUCGAGCUUUGAAGGUGAAGGCCUAUCGCUUCUCCAUCGCCUGGUCUCGGAUUUUCCCAACUGGGAGAAACAGUUCUGUCAACACACAUGGUGUUGAUUAUUACAACAGGCUGAUUGAUGGCUUGGUGGCAAGCAACAUCUCUCCCAUGGUGACACUGUUCCACUGGGACCUGCCCCAGGCCCUCCAGGAUAUUGGAGGCUGGGAGAAUCCUUCCUUGAUUGAGUUAUUUAACAGCUAUGCAGACUUUUGUUUCCAAACCUUUGGUGACAGAGUUAAGUUCUGGAUGACUUUUAAUGAGCCCACGUACCAGGCAUGGAUGGGGUAUGGCUCAGGGGAUUUUCCCCCAAAUGUGAAGGACCCAGGCUGGGCACCUUACAGGAUUGGCCAUGCAAUCCUCAAAGCUCAUGCCACAGUCUAUCACACUUAUGAUGAGAAAUAUAGGCAAGAGCAGAAGGGGGUCAUCUCUUUGAGCCUCAGUACACACUGGGCAGAGCCCGAGUCACCAGGGGUCCUCAGGGACGUGGAGGCAGCUGACCGAAUGCUGCAGUUCUCACUGGGCUGGUUUGCCCACCCCAUUUUCCGAAAUGGAGACUAUCCUGAUGCCAUGAAGUGGAAAGUGGGGAACAGGAGUGAACUACAGCACUUAGCCACCUCCCGCCUGCCCAGCUUCACUGAGGAAGAGAAGAAAUACAUCAGGGCUACGGCCGAUGUGUUCUGCCUCAACACCUACUCCUCCAGAAUUGUGCAGUAUGCAACACCUAACUUAAACCCACCCUCCUAUGAAGAUGACCAGGAGAUGACCCAGAAGGAGGACACCUCCUGGCCUUCCACAGCACUAAACAGAGCUGCAUCCUGGGGGAUGCGAAGACUGCUCAACUGGAUCAAGGAAGAGUAUGGUGACAUCCCUAUUUACAUCACUGAAAAUGGAGCGGGGCUGACCGAGCCUGACCUGGAAGAUACCAAUAGGAUAUUUUACCACAAAACCUAUAUCAAUGAAGCUUUGAAAGCCUACAGGCUUGAUGGUGUUGACAUUCGAGGAUAUGCUGCAUGGUCUCUGAUGGACAACUUUGAAUGGCUGAAUGGCUACACAGUCAAGUUUGGAUUGCACCAUGUUGAUUUCAAUAACGUGAAUAGGCCUCGCACAGCAAGAGCCUCCGCCAGAUACUACAUGGAGGUAAUCACCAACAACGGCAUGCCACUGUCCAAGGAAGACGAGUUUCUAUAUGGACAGUUUCCCGAGGGCUUUAUCUGGAGUGCGGCUACCGCUGCAUAUCAGAUCGAAGGUGGGUGGAGAGCAGAUGGCAAAGAACUCAGUAUUUGGGACACGUUUUCACACACACCACUAAAGAUUGAGAACGAUGACACGGGAGACGUGGCCUGUGACAGUUACCACAAGAUUGCCGAGGAUGUGGUUGCCCUGAAGAACCUGGGCGUGUCCCACUAUCGCCUUUCCAUCUCUUGGACUCGCAUCCUCCCUGACGGAACCACCAAGUACAUCAAUGAAGCAGGCCUGAACUACUAUGUGCGGCUCAUCGACGCGCUGCUGGCUGCCAACAUCCAGCCCCAGGUGACCAUUUACCACUGGGACUUGCCCCAGGCACUCCAGGAUGUCGGAGGCUGGGAGAAUGAGACAAUUGUGCAGCGGUUUAAGGAGUAUGCAGAAGUACUCUUCCAGAGGCUGGGGGACAAGGUGAAGUUCUGGAUCACACUGAACGAGCCCUUUGUCAUUGCUAACCAGGGCUACGGCUAUGGCACAGCAGCUCCAGGAAUCUCCUUUAGGCCUGGCACUGCCCCCUACAUCGCUGGCCACAACCUAAUAAAGGCUCAUGCUGAGGCCUGGCAUCUGUACAACGAUGUGUAUCGUGCCAGUCAGGGUGGCAAGAUUUCCAUCACCAUCAGCAGCGACUGGGCUGAGCCUCGAGACCCAUCCAACCAGGAGGAUGUGGAGGCAGCCAAGAGAUAUGUUCAGUUUAUGGGAGGCUGGUUCGCACAUCCUGUUUUCAAGAAUGGAGAUUACCCUGAGGUGAUGAAGACACGAAUCCGUGACAGGAGCUUGACCGAAGGCCUCAACAAGUCUCGGCUCCCCGAGUUCACGGAGAGUGAGAAGAGGAGGAUCAAUGGCACCUAUGACUAUUUUGGAUUCAAUCACUACACCACUGUCCUGGCCUACAAUCUCGACUAUGCCUCUUGGAUCUCUUCCUUUGAUGCAGACAGGGGCGUUGCCUCUAUCACAGAUCGCUCUUGGCCAGACUCUGGCUCCUUCUGGCUGAAGAUGACACCUUUUGGCUUCAGGAGGAUCCUGAACUGGUUAAAGGAGGAGUACAACAACCCCCCGAUUUAUGUAACAGAGAAUGGUGUGUCCCAGCGGGAAGAAUCGGACCUCAACGACACUGCAAGGAUCUACUACCUCCGCAGUUACAUCAAUGAGGCACUCAAAGCUGUGCAGGAUAAGGUGGACCUUCGAGGAUACACGGUUUGGACUCUGAUGGACAACUUUGAGUGGGCUACAGGCUUCACAGAGAAGUUUGGUGUGCAUUUUGUGAACUACACUGACCCUUCUCUGCCAAGGAUCCCCAAAGCAUCAGCCAAGUUCUACGCCUCCGUAGUCCGGUGCAACGGCUUCCCUGACCCUGCUGCAGGGCCACACCCUUGUCUCCAGCAAGAAGGUGCUGAGCCCACUGUCAGCCCCAUGGAAAAGGAGGGCGUUCAGUUCCUGGGGUUGACGCUGGGUACGACAGAGGCCCGGACAGCGCUGUACGUACUCUUCGCUCUUAUGCUUCUUGGAGUCUGUGUUGUGGCAUUUCUGUCCUAUAAGUACUGUAAGCGCUCCAAGCAAAAGAAAACACCAUCAGGUGAACAGGAAUUGAGCCCUGUUUCUUCAUUCUGACCCACAAAUUACCACCUCCUCCAGUUCUACAAAACAGGCCUAGUUUCUUUGCAAGCCUUUGACACCCCCAGGAUUCUGUACGAUCUUAUACGCUGCCCUUAAAGGACUUCUUUGUAAAACCCUCUGCUCUGUUAGAGACUAAUCUGAUCUUGAAGGAUUUCAAGUCCCUCAUUAAGGUAGAAACAUCACCAUCUUGCCCCAAUAUCAGGAAUUCGUGUGGACAUUAGACAACCCUGCAAGUGGCUCUUGUGGAAACAUGUAGAAACUGAACUCGUCUGUCUACUGAUUCUGUGAGCCACUUAAUUCAACUUAACUGGGCUGUUUUAAUUUUCAGAGAUUUUAAAAGUGAAAACACGAGUAAAAACCAUAGCAAUCUUUUUCAUAAAAAGUCAACUGCAGUGUCACCUCCUGCCCUCUCUCUUCAAGCUCCUUCCCAGCCUCUUACCGUGUGUGUCUCAGAAACUAAAAAAUGAACCGUUAACUGUAUCCUAUCUCCUAUGGGUGCUUCUCCUUGAGAAAGUUAUGAAGCCACACAACCCAUUUAGGGUUUCUAAGCUUUUCCAUCAGACCCAGACCUAGAGUCCUUUAUGUCUUUACAAAUACUAUUCCUUCUGCCUAGGGUCUCCUUUCUUCUGAAAAAUGCUUUUUAGUCUCAGCUUAAACAAUGUACUUUUCCCUCUGGAUGGCUGCCCUGAAUUCCACAGAGUCCCUCCUUCCUCUACUUUGCUUGCAAAAUCCCCUGUUCUAGCUUGACCACAUUCUACUGGAACUGCCUAUUUCUCUAUUGGCUUCUUGAGGCCAAAAGACCAUGUCUCACUGCCUGUGGCAAGCACACUCUAGAGACAGGGCAGAGAAAGCCACCUGCUCCUUUUGUGUGUUUGUUCACAAAACAUACACAGAGUAGUCGUGGGAGCACAGAAAAAGAUGUGGUCUUUAUCAGUUCCCCUCAAAUGUGCUAAUGAGACCACCAUGGCUUAAAAACUUAUUUGGUCUAUAUAUUCUUUCUAGAUAGAUAACUGGAAAAAAAUUUUUUUAAAUCAGAGUAGUUUUCAACUGGUUUUAAAAGGGUGAUUAUGCUUGAAAUUUCAUUUCUCAUAAGCAUUCCUACCUGAAUUGUAUCUACAGCAAAUUCUAAUUAAAAUUUUCCACUAUGAGGGCCCCCAACCUGACAUUCAGAAACCUGUCGUGCACAAGCAUUUUUCUCCCACUGAUAGGAAAAGUUUAUCAGAUGAGGUGAAAGUGGUUCUAAAAUUGUAUUAGACAUUUCUUGGGCAAAAAGAUUCACUCAGUAUUAUAAGUUGUCAAUGAUACCUCAAUCUCAAAAUUCAACAUAACUUUUCUUGGGGAGAGACAUGGAAAAAAAUAAUAUAAAGUUUACAUGAAAUAAACUUGAGCCAGGAUAAAUGUGGGGGGGGUAAGAAUAGUAAGGCAAAGCUACCUAUAAUAAGUAGUUUCGAAGCAGAGAAAGAAUCAAAAAGAUCAACAAGGAAAAGAGUGUAGACACAAACCAGCUACAUGUGGAGACGCACGGAGUGCGCGACAGCGACAGCAUGUCAGUCAGAGGAGCGGGAUGGUGGCCCACUCCAUAAAUGGAGAUGGGUCACAGGUUAGCUCUUAAGGAUGUUAGCCUCAGGCAGGGGAAAGGAGCCACAACCCUUACUGGGAUACAAGAUGUACAUGAAAAGAAAAACAGAAAGCCAUGAAAAUGCUAGAAUAUAGAAUACAUGGGUGAAUUUCUUUAAAAUUACUUUUUAAAGUGGGUAAGGUAUUUUAUAAGCAAGAUUUAAGACUCAGAGGCCAUAAAGAAAUACACUGAAAAAUAUGACCACAUAAAAAUUGUGGCAAGAAAUUACCAUCAACAUACUCAUCAAAAGGAAGGGAGAAAAUAUUUACAGCAUAUAUUAGACAAAGGCUAAUUAGUGUACAAUUCUUAUAAAUCUAAUGAAAUUCUUAUAAAUCAAUAAGAAAAAGAUGAAAAACACAAAAUGAGAACUGGAAAAUAAAAUCAGCAGUUCUCAGAGAAUGAAUCGAAAUGACCAAUCAUAUUAAAAGAGGCUCAACUUCCUUCAUAACCAACACAAUGCACAUAAAAUAUAUAGUUUUUCACUUAGCACGCUGACAAAGAUGAGAAAGUAUAAUAUGGCAAGGGUGUGGGGAAAUCAGCAUUCUCCUACACUGUGAGUGGGGCUGUAACUCCACAGAGCCUUUUGAGAAGGCAAUUUGGCAGCAUCUUUUAUAAUCCAAACUGCGAGCAUCCUUUGACUCAGCGACUUACAGGUAUAUUUUCACAGCUGAGAUACCUUCCCAAAGAUGUUCACUAUAGCAAUGUUUAUAAUAGAAAAACAGAAACGAGCCAAAAAAUUGUAA